UAAAAAUGUUAUUAAUUUUAUUUUUAUUAUUAUUCCCUCUUCCAAUAACUACAAAUGAUCCCUUUUUGGUAGAAACAACUUAUGGCACAAUUCGGGGAUUUCCGUUAACUAUUGAUGAGGACACUACGCCAAAAACUAAACCUCAAGAACCUAAAAAAUGGAAAAAUAUCAAAGAUACGACCGAAAGGGCUCCAGCCUGUUUUCCAUUCGUUAAAAAGGGUAUGAUGGCAUUAGAGAAGGAUCACAGCGAGGAUUGUCUUUAUAUGGAUAUUGCAACUCCUGCUUGGGAGUCUGAUGAUGGUCACCUUUAUCCAGUUCUAGUUUUUAUUCAUGGAGGUGGCUACCAAACUGGUACAACUAGAGAAAUUCCACAAGAAGCUAUGGCCAAAAAAUAUGCCAAGAAUAAUAUUGUUUUUGUUACCUUCCAAUACAGAAUUGGACAAUUAGGCAGAAAAUUUUUUUUUUAAUUUUCAAAAAAAAUUUCC